UUGGAGAAAGUUGUGAAACCUGUUUUUCUCUAAACCACUUAGCUUCUCGCUCUCAAAGACAAGAGUUACAUUUCCUCUAAGGUGUGGAUGUGACGGGUAGACGUACCUCAUCUUACUUGUGACGAGAAAGAAGGUCAGCGCUGCGAGAUCAACAUAUGAGCGAGGCAUGGCUGAGAAACCAUUCCGGGCCACCCAAAUCUGGAGCAGCAUCAUCUCCAACCUCCACACUCACGUGGAGGUCAAGCGCCGGCGACACAAUCUCAAGUCCUACCACGACUGCUUUUUGGGCUCCGAGGCGGUGGAUGCCGUGUUAGCGCACAUCACUUUAAAUCACUUCUUCGGCGACGAGGCUGUCCCUCGCCAGAAAGCCAUCCGACUUUGUCAAGCCCUCAUGGACUCAAAGGUCUUUGAGCCAGUGGGCAUUAAAGUGUUUGGCAAGGAAAAGAAGAGAGACACUUUUGAGGACAGCAGCUAUAGUUUGUACAGGUUCCCAAGCACGGAGACCGACUUGUCACCACUGAACAACACCAAGUCCGACUCAACGGUGACCAUAGAGAGCGGCUAUGACUCUCCAGGCAAAAGCAGAAACAAGAACAGAUACAGACAAGAUGUGCCAAUCUACUUUACUCACUCUCCUGUGAGAAAAGGCAAAUCCGUGGACGAGAUACUGCAAAAUCUCAACCUGAACUCGCCUCAAAUCAACUUAGGUGUCUCAAGAGAGCUGGUCGUGGAGGUUUGGCACCAGCAGACGGUGUGCAGGCUCCUGCAGUUGAUUGAGCUCCCGUUGCUGGAGAACAAGCAUGACUAUCGGAAUUCUUUGCACGCCGGAGAGAGCCACUCAAACCUGACAUCGGGCUACAUGGACAGAGAAGUGCUCAAGGCCUUCAGUGAGGCACAGGAAGAUGAAUGGAUGUCUGGUGCUAUAGACUGUCUGGACUUCCUCCCUGACGCUCAAGUGGUUAAGGUCAGCAAAGGCCUCGCGGGCUGCACCAACAACCUGGAGUGUAAGAAGCUACUUUACGAAGUCCUGGCUAGGCAUUACGCUCGAGAUGAGCAGCCGCCUCUCUUCAGCAACCACGUGUUCGACAUCCACUCGGGCAUUUCGGAGCUUCUUGUAAACGGAAAACUGGGGCAGGCUCUGGAGGCACUGCAGCUGAGCCUCAAGCUGCAGGACUCUGGAGGCAGAGAGGAGCUCCGGCGGCUGCUCAGGUUCAUGGCCAUCGCCGCUAACACGCAGGACAUCAAACUCCACCAAGAGAUCGAGAACAGAAUGGCAGUGAAGAGGUCAUUCUCCAGCGCCAUUGUGUACAGCAGAAGACUUUCCAAGGGCAAAGUGGACCUGAUGGUUCUGUUUAUGAUGGACAACCACCACGAUCUCUUCAAAGUUCCUGCUUCACUACACACGAUGGUCAGCAACAGAUUAAAGAAUAUUGAUAGAGGGGAGGAUGCAGAUAUCAUAACAGGGUCAACAUCUAGCACAAGACAGACUGCAAAGGCUUACCCGGAAAAUGGAGAAAAACACACCGAAGAGGAAUUGUGGUCAUUACUGCAGACAAUCCACGAGAACCCCAACCUGCCCAGCAAGGAAAAGAGACGACUUCUAGCACAGUUCUACAAAGACCACCCGGACAUUUUUGUACAGUAUUCUAGCAAUAAGUUAUCAAGCAUGAACAUGUUGCUACAGUAAUGUUUAUUAUUGGUGGAAUAUAAUGUGCAGAGUGUGGUGUAAAUGAGAACAUAUGUGGCCUUUGUGUAUAUACUGACAGUGAAUGUGGAUUUGUGAAGAGGAAACUGUGAUUUUUAUGACCAUACCAUCAUUUUCUUGACUACUGAGCCAGACCUAGGUUAUUAUAAUUAUUGAACACCUCUGAGAAAAAAAACACAUUUUCAUUUACAAAAUGAAAUACGAACCAAAAUGCUCAACAAACUAUAACUACAUUUUAUAUUUAUAAAACUGACUAGAAAUGUUGUAUGGAGUUUUUUUUAGAUUUAUUUAUUGCGAUAUUGUUGUAUGCCCAUACAAAAAAAGGAGAGUCAGUCAUUUAAAUAUCGUAGCCUACCUAUUCGACAUUUUGUGACUUUUGUUUUUUAAACCUUGCACUUGACAAAUACAUAUUCAUAUAGUAAAAAAAAAAACUACAAGCAAUACUAAAAUUAAUAAAACCUAAACAAAAACAGCAGUAAUCAUAGCGUCUUAUAUUCUAGAAACUACAAUAGCUGAUGCCUCAAAAGUCAAACAAAGCUGUUGUGAGAGACUGAUGAAGAUUCAGAUUAAGAUUCAGGCAGAACUAGUCCAAUGUGAAGUAGCGAAUUUUGCUCUUUAUGGAUGUGUGUGCUUUGUGAGAAAAGAACAAGAUUUGCAAAUAAACAAUGUGAUGCAGCCCUGCAGCUGUGUCUGAGAA